UCAUCUACGUCUAUUUCACUUGCUUGGCCUCACCACUACUCUUCCUCUCCUUUUAAACACCGCUCCUUCAUUUCCUUCCCUCGUCCCCAUCUCCCUUUCCCUCCCCCGAUCUCCACUUUCCCCUCUCCUUUCUUUCUUAAAACAAAAAGAGAAAGAAUCUAAGGACUUAUUUGUUUCAUUGUUUUAUCGUUUCAUGUCAUCUACUUAUAUAGUAUAUUCAACACCAUGAACAAUCUUCAAGAUUGGCCUGAACCAAUAGUUCGUGUUCAAUCCUUAUCGGAGCGCUGCUUGGAGGAAAUUCCUGAUCGAUAUAUCAAGCCACCACACGAAAGGCCAUCCAUAAAAUCACCAUCUUCUUCUUCUUCUUCUCCAAGAGAUGAUAUCAAUAUCCCUAUUAUUGAUCUUGGAGGUUUAAGUGGAGAUGAUGACAAUCUUCGAGCUUCCAUACUUAGAGAAAUUUCCAUGGCCUGUCGCACCUGGGGAUUCUUCCAAGUUAUCAACCAUGGAGUUAAUCCUGAGUUGCUGGACAGUGGUCGGAAAAUAUGGAGAGAAUUCUUUCAUUUGCCGAUGGAGGAGAAGCAAAAAUAUGCAAAUUCUCCCAAGACAUAUGAAGGUUAUGGAAGCAGGCUAGGAGUAGAAAAAGGAGCCAUUCUUGAUUGGAGUGAUUACUACUUCCUUCAUUAUCUUCCCUUGUCUUUAAAAGACAACAACAAGUGGCCUGGUCUCCCAGCUAAUUGCAGAGAAGUGAUUGAAGAAUAUGGAAAACAAGUGGUGGAGCUAUGUGGGAGGUUGAUGAAGGUAUUAUCUAUAAAUCUUGGAUUAGACGAGGCACGUUUGCAAGAUGCAUUUGGUGGUGAGAAUAUUGGGGCAUGUCUAAGGGUGAAUUUUUAUCCCAAGUGCCCACAACCUGACUUGGCUCUUGGUCUAUCAUCUCAUUCGGACCCCGGCGGCAUGACCCUUCUCUUGCCGGACGAUCAUGUUACCGGUCUUCAAGUCCGACGAGGAGAUGAUUGGAUUACUGUGAAGCCAGCUCCACAUGCUUUCAUUGUAAAUAUUGGUGAUCAAAUUCAGGUACUAAGCAAUGCAAUAUAUAAGAGUGUGGAGCAUAGAGUGAUUGUAAAUUCAGCAAAAGAGAGAGUCUCACUUGCCUUAUUCUAUAAUCCAAAGAGUGAUAUACCCAUAAAGCCAUUGAAGGAGCUUGUGACACCAGAGAGACCUUCACUAUAUCAACCCAUGACUUUUGAUCAGUACAGACUUUUCAUUAGAACAAUGGGUCCCAGAGGCAAAUCCCAAGUGGAAGCUCUAAAAUCUCCAAGAUGAAAGAUUAUGAUGGUGAUGAUUAUGGAUAAUAAAUUUAUUAAUUAAGCAAUUUUAUUUUAUUGUAAAUCAUAAAAAAAAAAACAACAAAAUCCCUUCAUUGGUUAUUAGUAUUUGAGUUGAUUGAACACCUCUUAUAAUCAAAAGGAGAUUUGGCAAUUUAGCCUCUAAGAUUUAUUGGCUUUUCGUGAUUUGUAAUAUAUAAAGAGCGAGUGAAAUCUUGAAUUUAAGUCUCUUUAUUUAUAAAUUGAGACUUUUCAUUUUUAUGGUGAAAAACAUGAAGAGGACUACCUUCUAUUUGUGUAGUCCACCAAUUAUUACUUAAUUU